AUGGGCGGAAUAAACGCAAGUAGAGAUACAGCAAACGCUCUUAAUAAGCAAAUGAGGAUACUUGAGAACAGACUUGACAAAGCAAACCAAAAGUUCAAUGAAGCGAUUGCGCAUAAUAAAAAGCUGAGAGAAGAGAUCGAUAAUUUGAGAAGGGAAAGAGUGAUCUUUGAUAAAAUUUACCAAAAACUUGAAAAAGAGCUCCACAAUAAAAGGAAGGAAAUGGCAAACAUCAUUGAAGCUGCUAACUCGGCCUAUGAAGAUAGAGAUAGGGCUCAAGAUCAGCUUGCAGCAUUGAAGCAGCAGGCAGAGCGCGAGCAGAUGGAGUUUGAAAAAGAAUGGAAAAAUCUGAAUACUUUGAUCGAAAAAGACAAGAAAAUGAAAGACUUCUUGAAGCUCAAGCAGGCAGAAAGGGAGCAUGCUGAGCAUACAGAAGCUCCUAAAGCUGAAGAUGAUACUGCAAGAAAAAGAGGAAAAGCAAGCCCAAGCCAACUCACAGCAGAAAGAGUAAAAAUAUAUGAAGACGCUUUUAAUAAAAUACAAGCAGCAACUGGAAUUCAGGACAUUGAUGAGCUUGUGAAUAAUUUCAUAAGGGCUGAAGAUAAAAACUUUACACUAUUUAAGUUUGUAAAUGAGCUCAGCAAUGAUAUAGAGAUGCUCGAAAAGCAAAUACAAGACUUGCAAAUCGAAAUUACUAGCUGUAAAGGUAAAGAAGAUGGCCAACACAUGCAGAGGAAAAAAAUCACACUAGAAGAAAAGCAGAAUAAAUACGCUAAUAAAGCAGAAAUGUAUGAGCUUAAAUAUCAAGAAGCCUUAAAAACAGUGAACGCCCUCAAGGAAGAAAUUAAAAAGCUAUUUGUCGGGAUAGACUGCCAAACACAGCUAGCCCAUGAGUUUCUGGGAGACAAUGUGACUGAAAGCAACAUGGAACAGUAUUUAGCCUUAAUUGAACAAAGAUCAAGUGAAAUUUUCCAAGCUUACGCACUGCUUCAAAUGCAGAAAGGAAGAGGGGAGUUCGCGAUGCCAGGACCUCAAGGGCCACCUUCAUCUAACCCUCCAAGAAUUGAAGCUCCAAAUGUAAGAGAUGACAUUUCUGAUGAAGAAGAAGAUAUCGAAGACGACAAACCACUUACAUCAGAAGAAUUCAAGCAGAGAGCGGAAAAAAGAGCUCAGCAGCUCGAAAGCCAACUGAAGAACAAGUUUAAACAGUCUAAAAUCAGAUCUAAAAAAUAA